CGCACAUAAGCGUGUAAAAACACACACACACACACACACACAUAAAAUUUCUCAAUAUCAUGUCUUCAUCAAACAACAACCACAUCAACUCAACAAGCAAGCGUCCAAUAUUCUCCUUGAGAUCAACGGUCGAUAUUGAUCCAGAAGCAAAUGACGACGAUCAACGGUCGAGAUCGACGGCCGAUACGGACCAAUAUUCGGAGAGCAGGCUCUUGCCGAUAGCGAACGUGGGCAGAAUAAUGAAGCAGACUCUUCCGAACAACGCAAAGAUCUCCAAAGAAGCCAAAGAGACUAUGCAAGAAUGCGCGUCUGAGUUUAUCGGAUUCGUGACGGGCGAGGCGUCGGAAAAGUGUCGAAAGGAGAGACGGAAAACGGUCAACGGCGACGAUAUUUGCUGGGCUAUGGGUCAACUUGGAUUCGACGACUACGUGGGUCCCUUGAAGAGGUACUUGAUUAGGUUUAGAGAUUUUGAAGGGAAUAAUAAUAAUAAUAAUAAU